AUGCGCGCCAACGUUCGGCCAAGUGCUGUUUCUCGCUUCUGUGCUGAGUUUGGCCUCAUUACCGGGCAUCAGGGCCCCUGGACUCGCGCUGCGCCCCUUGCCUACAAUGCCAACUCCAUCACCUGCGUACUAGCAGCUGUUGCGCCACCUACUUCAGCCAAGCCGGCGUUUGACGCCUUCCUCUCCCCCUCUGGCGCCGUCCUCCUUCCCUCCUUUGGCGCCCUCCAGUUCCCCACCAUUGGCGGCGUCCGCUCCCGUAUCGAGAGGAGCUAUGAACGCUCCAGCCUGCUCAUUUGGCCCCGCAGGUCCCGCUCGACCUCUGCUUCUGGCCCUCCGUCCGGGACCGAAGCCAAAGCCCCUGCUGCGACUUUCAACCCUUCAGCGGAGGAUGAACAUGCGCUGAUUGUCCCUUCUGAUCCCACAGCACUGAUUGCGACGGCAGAUGUGCUCCAAAAGGCACUUGAGGCAACAUUCCCGAACUUGGCUCCGCGACCUGCUUCAACGAUUAAGAGUGCCAUGCAAGCGCACAACUACACCCUCCAGGAUCGCGAGAGCACGCUUGCAUCCCUCUGUGAGCUGGUGACAACAUUUCGUCUGCGUGUGCAUCAGCGUACCGGCGACCGAACGCACUAUCCUGUUGCGCUCGCCGCGGCACUGCCUGGCUGUGGCAAGACUAGGAUGUGUUUGGAGACGCUGCAAACUGUUGUGGCCCCAGCAUGCCGCUCUGUGACCCAACAGGUUGGGGAUGAAAAGGUCUCUCUACCCGAGGUCCCGUACCUAUGCCUCUUUUUGACCUUCAGUGGCAGUUUUGGAACGAGCUGGAACCCAGCCACCGAGGAAAAACGCCACCCGGAACAUGCCAUCGCCAAGCGGCUUUUGGGCAGCUACUUUGCAACCCCUGAGUUGGACACCGUGGCCAACAUUUCUGUCAAGGCCGCGAUGGAUCUGAUCCGCGAAACGGAAGCAACGAAACGCACCAUUGAUCCUGCCAAGCUUCAUAUCUUCAUUGCGAUAGACGAGGCCACUCGUCUUCUCGAUGCGCUCGUUGAUCUCAAGUACGAGUUGGCGGAUUGCCAGAGCUUGCGAGCUGUCACGGGCGACAAAAAGCCUGAAGCGGACAUGCAACUUGCACGACGAUUCUGGACUCAAGCUCUGGGUCCGCUGCAGGGUAUUUGCCGGACUUUCCGGACCCCAACGUGGAUGAUGGUUGCUGGCACCAAGUCGGAGCAGCUGAGCAGUGCGAUUUCUCUUGUACUCGGUAUUGGCUCCACUAUCCCCGUUGCGCCGGUUGAUGUUGCUCCCCUGUCUGGGUCAGCCACGGCCGGCUUGCUCGAAGAGCUCGAGCAGAACGCGCUCGCGGAAGGGAAAAUUGUGUCUCCCCACUGGCGGUUUGACGGACAAUUGAUGCGCAAGAUUCAAAAUGUGGCUGGUUUGCCCAGAUCCGUCAUUGCACUGACCACUGGAGCACAUCAAGUGAACGAUAGAAGAACUGACACUCUCAGACAAACAAACAUCAGCUACAGCACGUUCCUCAACCUCAUGUCACUCUGCGAUGGUGCGCGUGACAUUGGUGCGGACGAGUUGGAGACGCUUGGCAUUGUUGCGGACGAGUUGGUGACGCUUGGCUUGCUCUUCAAGUCACGCGACAACCAGCUACUUUUGUUUCCACGAGUGGACUUGAUUAGUUUGAUCGCCCACGACGGCCUGAACGGUCCUUGGGUCGACGCGACCAACGAAUUACUCAAGACGCUCAAAAGCUUUGAGUCAAUCGCCACGACUGGCCAGUGGCAAGGCUGGGAGCUGUUCUGUGUCACGAUCUUGAAUCUGCGCAUCUUGCUGGCGGUCGCGUUGACUCUCAAAAAGGAUCCCGAUGCUCAGUGGGUGUCGAUCGGAGCUGCUCUUCCUGGAACCGUCCCUGGCCCUUCUCCCCCCAACUUGUUCGUCGACGCGCAAGUUUGGCGCCGCAGCUAUUUCGCGGAAACUAACGGAAAAUUGACGCCAGCUCCGGCCGAAGGCCGCAUCACCCUCUGCCCUGAAAACCGCCAAGGUGUUGACGGCUGGGCCAUUGUCCAUGAGAAGAUCGAUCCAGUCACUUUGGCCCUGCAGUGCAAGCUGCAUCAAGUCGAGUCGACCACGCCGCAAAAAGACCAGAAUCUCUAUCUGCAAAAGGCAAGAGCCGCACUGCCGGACGAUCAACAGCAGUCAGCGGUCGUGGCGUUGCUGACAACGUCGCGCAUGGCCAGGCUCAGCUCAGACAAGCUCGAACCACGAUCGUUUGUGUUGGACCGAGACGGGAUGAAACAGUUCACUUCCGGCUUUAACGCUAUUGCUGACAUCUUUUGGAGCUACAACCCGCACCUCAGCAGUGUCGCUCGCAUGGCGACUGAGUUCUACGCGGACACAACAACCUUGGAGCAGGCCCGCAGCAUGGCUAAGGUCGUUUUCCAUAGUCGAGCAUCGAUCAAGUUUGAGCGUGUGAGCGACUUGCGCCAGUUCUUGGAGGCGAGGGCCGGCAAGCCGAUCAAGGUGACAUGGACCGAAACCGAUGAUGAUGGCAAGACGACCGCUUUCACAGAGACAGUGGAGUACCCGCUCGCAGCCGUUCCAAGCGACAAAGUGCUCCAGUGGCCUUAUGCUCUUGAGCCUGCGAGCUCACCGCGCUCGCUGAGAUCGACGACCAAACAAACUGCCAAAUCGCGAAAUCGCAAAUUUUGA